AGUCAGCGGACAUACUUGCACAACUGCUAACCCAGAAAGCAAAAUAUACACAGUUCUUGAUUACACUUCACACUUAUCGGUCGACAAGCAGCUUUGGUGGAAGUGAUUUUUCGACCUGUCAGCACUAGUAUAAAUGUAAUUGUUGGCACAGUGCAAACCAAAAUUCUCUCUCUUAGCUACCUCCGUGUUGUAUGCACUCUCUAGCAUAUUUCUUCUCUGAAAGUGACUACAGGCAGACAUAUUUGCAUAAAUAAUUCAAUUCAGUGACAAUGCAUCGCUACAGUAUCGCACUUUUGGUAUUUCUAACGCUGUUUUGGUGUGGCCGUGCAAGUGCACAGUGCAAAGGUCUCGGUCAAUAUUGUACAUCACACAGCGAUUGUUGUUCGAAUAGUUGUCUAUCGUAUUCGUAUAGAUGUGUCGAGCUGCAUGAUAACCACCAAUAUGAUACUGAACUGGCCACGGUAAACAAUAUCGAGGAGCUAGUAAACAGAUUCGGUGGUGGUGGUGGUGGUGAUGUAGCUGCAACAAACACGUAUCAAACACAUCCGAGUGAGAUGACGUCAACAUCAUAUCCUGUUCAAACGGAUCAACCAACAACACUGACACCCCAUGAAAUUGGCUCCAGUGAAAGCAGUUGCCGGACUGAUGGAAAUUUGUGUUCAAGCUCGGAUCAGUGUUGCACGAAAUUUUGUUCAAAAAUCACGAAUUUAUGCAUUCAUCCUACAGCAGACAGCUUGUCAACGGAACAAAUAACAUCAUACACCAGACCGUCAUACUCAAGCAGUACAGCAAAUGCACCUUGCCAAGGAAUCGGACAAAAGUGCUAUGCAACAGCAAUCGAUGAAUGCUGCCCGCCGCUUCGUUGCCAUGGAUUUCUUCAUCAAUGUGUGACAUAAAAUUGUAUAAUGGAAUCUAAAGUAGCGCACACUCGUAUGCAAUUAAUUUGAUCAUUGGGUGAAACAUUAUCUAGUUAACGCGGCAAAACGUAGAUUGCCAACGCGAAUACCGCCAUUCGACAUCAUUUCAAAGGACUUAACGCACAAUCAAAUGAAAAUUCAAUUAUUCAGAAUUAAAUUAUUGCUAUAGAUAUGGAUAUACACACGCACAGCCAUAUUAUCAGUACUACACAACUGUAGAAGCAUUCAUUUGACUUAUUCCUUGUGAAUAAUAACAAUGCAUGCAAUGCUGUUCGUUUCCUAUUCAUACAUUUACAGUAAAACAAGCUCUCAAUCAACUGAGAAUUAUAUUUUUUUUUUGCUUUGAUUCCUUCUGUAUUAUAAAUUUAUCUAAAAAUUCAUUUGAUUUUUAUUUAUUUACUAAGUUUAAUAUUUUCAUAAUCCAGGCCAUUUUCUACAUUUUAUCAAUUUUUUCUGGUUUAAAAUAGAAAUAAUGAAGCGAAUGACGAUAAUAAAAAAAAUUGGUCAACACAUA